AGAGUCAGUAGCUGGAUUAUAACGGGGUGGUCGCAUCUCUCCCUCUCCUGUGCGCGUGCCUCGAGCUUCAGUCUGCUGACACAACCUCCACGAGGACAGUCUGCGCUCGUGUCAUUGGGACUCUAUGUGGAUACGAACCCGUGGACGCCAACAUCCAUGGAUAAGUGAGAUUUCCAGUGCGCGACCCUUUUCAUGAAAUUAGACUGGUGUAGAAGUCCAGCAGAGGACCAGUGCUUCCCCCCAUCUCCCAGUGUGCACCUGGCCCUGUAUGUGAGAGCACCUGCCCCUGUAUGACCCCCCUGCCAGAGCCCCUGUCAGAGCCCCUGUCAGACUGCUGAAGGACCGGAGCAGAGCCUGUUGAUGCGUCUCCCUGAGAAGCUCUCCCUCAGUACUAUGAACUGUGAGCAGGACUUUGGGGAUGUCACCCUCACACUACGACUGCUCAUGCACGGAAAGGAGGUCGGCAGCAUCAUAGGAAAGAAAGGAGAAACUGUGAAAAGAAUACGAGAAGAGAGCAGUGCGAGGGUUAACAUCUCAGAAGGAACAUGUCCGGAGAGGAUCAUAACCAUCACUGGCUCCACUGACAGCGUCUUCAGGGCCUUCACUAUGAUCACAUACAAACUGGAGGAGGAUCUGACAGCAUUAGUGGCCAACGGCACCAUAAGCACCAAACCCCCAGUCACACUGCGCCUGGUCAUCCCCGCCAGUCAGUGUGGCUCUCUCAUUGGGAAGGGAGGGGCCAAAAUCAAAGAGAUCAGAGAGGGCACUGGAGCUCAGAUCCAGGUGGCGGGGGACUUGCUGCCGAAUUCUACUGAGCGAGGGGUGACGAUAUCAGGCAGUCAAGACUCUGUCAUCCAGUGUGUCAAACUCAUCUGUAAUGUAAUCCUGGAGUCUCCCCCAAAAGGAGCCACCAUCCCGUACAGACCGAGCCCCUCCCCCGCUGCCUUCCUCAUCGCCGGAAACCAGAUGUUCGAAGCAUCAGAAUAUGCCCCACACCCACUGUACUCGGUCACACAGGGAGCUCUGGACCUCCAGCAGGCAUAUGCUUUGCAGAACCACUAUGGGAUUCCACAGUCUGAGCUUGCCAAAUUACACCAACUGUCUCUGCAGCAGGGCCUCAGUCCAGUCUCCCAGGCCUCCACCAUUAUACCUGGGCUGGACUCGAACUCUCAGACAUCUCAGGAGUUUCUCAUACCCAACGAUCUGAUCGGCUCCAUCAUUGGUCGGCAGGGGACUAAAAUCAACGAGAUCCGGCAGGUUUCUGGAGCCCAAAUCAAGAUCGGGAGCCAACUGGACGGGACCACCGACCGCCAUGUUACUAUCACCGGAACUCCAGUCAGCAUCAACCUGGCACAGUACCUGAUCACCUCCUGUUUAGAGACAGCCAAGUCCACUGCACAGGCUACCAGUAUGUCUGCCCCAGUCGACCUCAACAUGCCCUUUGCUCAGCCCUCCUCUCCGGCCACCUCCCCUGCACCCUCCCUGGCCACAAUGGGUGCCCUGACACCCGCUCAUGUGCUGGGUGCUCCUUAUGGUGCAGCUCUCCCUCUGUCUGGUCUGCUGGGAGUCAAAUCGAUCCCAUUUCUGACUCUCUCCAACCCUGCUCCAAAUGUGGCGGCGACGGCCGCUCCCUCCCCUAUCGCUGCGUAUACAACCAAGAUCUCCACGGCUAACUGUAUCAAGAAGCCUGAGAGGCAGAAGUUUGCUCCUUACUGAAGUUAAACCAGAACUUCUCCAACCUUACAUAGCCAUAGCCGCUGGCACAGACUAUUUUAACUUUUAUUUACAAAGACCAACGAAGAUGAAUUUUAAAAUAUUUAUGAAUUGAAAAUAUUUUGAAGCUUCCAACAAAAGGCGGACUUGUCACUGUUACAACGUUUUGGCUCAUUUCCUUCUUGGCUCAUCAUCACAGUUUUUAGUUUCUGUCAGAUGCCCUUCUUGUUGCACCAUGGAAACAGCACAAUAACACAUCUGAUUAAUACUCUUUUGUGGAUGUUGUAAAAAGAGUUGGUCUUUUAUUUGAGCAGAUUCUAUGUUCACAGUUUGAAGGUUGUGCCCUCUUAUGUUUGGCUCAUUGAAAGUUCAUUCUCACAUUAUCUGCCUCCUGGUGUGAAGUGAUUGACUUCUUUUUUAAUACCUGAUUACCAUCAUAAAGUAGUUCUUUAUUUAUCCGGGCUGGGGGUGACAAAAGUACACUGGCUUGUGACUUUUUGUUGCUGGAUAUUAUUACUGAGGACUAGAAUACAUGUUGGGGGCUCAUUCAACAAAAACAUGUUAUAACCAUAUCUGUCUAAAGGCACUGGUCAACUGUACUGAUCCUAUAUCUGUAAAUGAACCUUAUACAAAGUUCUCCAAGUACAAUGCUUUUCUAUGUUAUGUUUGCCUGAUGAGGUUUAUAAAUGUUUGUAAUUGUCUAGGGGAUUUUUUUUUAAUAAUUUGAGCAAUGAUACUGUACUGACUGUUCUGUGUACAAUUCAGUGUAAAAUCUUAUUUUGAAUG